AUGGCGGCGGCAGUGGCGGCGGCCCCGGGGGCCCUGGGCGCUCUGCAGGCCGGCCGCGGCCGUUGGGUGGCCGCUGGCUGCGCGCAGCUGGGCCCUGGGCUGCGGCUGCCCGGCUCCUGGGCGGGCCGGCUCGUGGGGCCGGCGAUCGGGGCACUGGGCUGGGCGCCUGUGGCCAGGGGUCCCGCCCCGAGGAGGGGCUACAACUCUGAGGCGAAAACGGAGGAAGAGCUGCGGGUGCGGCACCUGGAGGAGGAGAAUCGAGGAAUUGUGGUGCUUGGAAUAAACAGAGCCUAUGGCAAAAAUGCACUCAGUAGAAAUCUGAUAAAGAUGCUCUCGAAAGCUGUGGAUUCUUUAAAAUCUGAUAAGCAAGUGCGGACCAUAAUCAUAAGGAGUGAAGUCCCAGGGAUAUUCUGUGCUGGUGCUGACCUUAAGGAAAGAGCCAAAAUGAGUUCCAGUGAAGUUGGUCCUUUUGUCUCCAAAAUCCGAGCAGUGAUUAAUGAUAUCGCUAAUCUUCCAGUGCCAACGAUUGCAGCAAUUGAUGGACUUGCUUUAGGUGGUGGUCUUGAAUUGGCUUUAGCAUGUGAUAUACGAGUAGCAGCUUCCUCUGCAAAAAUGGGUCUCGUUGAAACAAAGUUGGCCAUCAUUCCCGGUGGAGGGGGCACCCAGAGAUUACCCCGCGCCAUCGGAAUGUCCCUGGCCAAGGAGCUCAUCUUCUCCGCCCGUGUGCUUGACGGCCACGAAGCCAAGGCCGUGGGCUUGAUCAGCCACGUCCUAGAGCAGAACCAGGAGGGCGAUGCUGCCUACCGGAAGGCCUUGGACCUGGCGAGAGAGUUUCUACCUCAGGGACCUGUUGCAAUGCGAGUGGCAAAAUUAGCAAUUAAUCAAGGGAUGGAGGUUGAUUUAAUCACGGGGUUGGCCAUAGAAGAAGCUUGUUAUGCUCAGACCAUUCCAACGAAAGACAGACUUGAAGGACUUCUUGCUUUUAAAGAGAAAAGGCCCCCUCGCUAUAAAGGAGAAUAGAAGAAACAAGUUCUGCAAAUGCCACUGUAAUAAAUGUACCUCUGGAAGUAUCUUUCAGAUCCACUCUAUGCCUCAGCACAUGGAGUCUCAAUGACCAAAGUGAAGAGUCAGUUACUCGUGUGGUGUACAAAGUGUCUGGAAUGGACCCAUAUGUGUAUUUCAUUCUGAUGUGUAUUGUUUCAUCUCCAUUCAGAUUUAUAAAGCUCAUAGUGUAUAUUGUCAAAAACAAAUUAAAAAUAGAUACACAUUUUUAAAUAUU